UGGGCGGGCGUGCGGCGCGCGCUCGGGGCGGAGCCGCGGGGUGAUUUUGACUGACCGAGGGAGAGCCAUGGCGGGCCUCGUGGACUUCCAGGACGAGGAGCAGGUGAAGUCCUUUCUGGAGAACAUGGAGGUGGAGUGCAAUUACCAGUGCUAUCAGGAGAAGGACCCGGACGGUUGCUAUAGACUGGUGGACUAUUUGGAAGGGAUCCAGAAGAAUUUUAACGAGGCUGCCAAGGUGCUGAAGUUCAACUGCGAAGAGAACAAACACAGUGAUAGCUGCUACAAACUGGGGGCCUAUUAUGUGACUGGAAAAGGUGGACUAACCCAGGAUCUGAAAGCUGCCUCCAGCUGCUUUCUGAUGGCAUGUGAGAAGCCAGGAAAGAAGUCUGUGGAGGCAUGUCACAACGUUGGGCUCCUGGCACAUGAUGGACAGGUCAAUGAGGAUGGCCAGCCUGAUCUGCCGAGGGCCAGAGACUACUAUACAAGGGCCUGUGAUGGCAACUAUGCCUCCAGCUGCUUCAACCUCAGUACCAUGUUCCUUCAGGGGGCCCCUGGCUUUCCCAAGGACAUGGGCCUAGCAUGUAAAUACUCAAUGAAAGCCUGUGACCUGGGCCAUGUCUGGGCCUGUGCCAAUGCCAGCCGCAUGUACAGGCUAGGGGAUGGUGUUGAUAAGGACGAAGCUAAAGCUGAGGAGCUAAAAAAUCGAGCCCGGCAGCUACACAAAGAACAGCAGAAAAGUGUCCAGCCUUUAACGUUUGGGUAGUGUAGCCACCCUGCUGUGCAACAGACAGCUUGAGGCUGGCACCUCCUAUUUCUGAUGCAGCCUUUGGAGGUCGACCUGCUGGAACAGAAAGACUUGGAACUUAAUGGGCCUGGUUACACAGACACAUUGCCCCAGAGUGUCACCUACUGACAUAUAGCCUGAAAUAUUUAUUUCAAUUGGGAUUCCUUUAUCUGGUGGUUUCUGUGAAGACAUCCACAUUUAUGGAAUCUUGGUUCUCAAGCUCUUGGAGUUCUGUGAAAAACAACUGCAAACUAGUGAGCCAGAGAGAUUGUGGGGAUGGAAAGGAGAGACAAAGAGCAGGACGUUGGAAAAAUGAGCAGCCACAGGGCCUGAAGGAGUCAGACAUCAUCAUCAACAUUGUUUUAGUUUAGAGGGCUUGAAAAUCAGAAAGUUUCUUUUUUUUUUUCCUUUUUCAGCUGCACCCAUGGCGUGUGGACGUUCCUGGGUCAAGGAUCAAAUCCAAGCUGCAGCUACAGCUGCAACCUACACCAUAGCUGCAGCAACACCAGAUCCUGAACCCACAGUGCCACAGAGGGAGUUUCAGAAAUCAGAAAGUAUCUUGCUUUACAUAAUAGCAGGUUUAAGGAACUAAGAACAGUUAAAUAGUAUGACUGCCACCUUCUGACGUAUAUAACCACUGGUGUGGACUUCCUUUUUGCCUUUAGAGUCAGAUCUUUCACCAGAUUCAGAGAUUGAGAGUUCUAUGUGAUGUAAAGACCAUUAUGCUUCAGGGUAGCUGAAGAGGAUAAAACACGUCUGCCUUUAGUGGAGACAUUCACACGUUAAAAGUUCGCAUCCCCAAGCCACUCAUCUGGCACUGCUUAUUCCCAAGGUAACUUCAACUGGGGAUUUAUAAACAAGGGCUUUGUAGCCCAUUUUGUUCUUACAAAUAAACCAUUUUGAUUGAUUAGUA